AUGGGUGCCCAACCUUCCAAGCCAGCUGAAACUAAAGUCUUUAUACCCAGAUCACAGGUAGAUUUCUCAGAAUCUUUGCUAGCUACCCUGGAAUCGUCUACUGAAACCAAUUUCACAAGAGGCCAAAUUGCAGAAAGAUAUGUCGAACAAAGGGUUGCUGAACGUUUAGCACAAUUAGAAGAGGAUACUUUGAAGAAAUUUGAAACUAAGCUAGAUGCAUCUUUAUUAAAUAAUACGAGUGGUACUGAUGAAACUGAUCCAACCAAAAGUUUGUCCACCAAAUUGUUAAAUGAUAAAAUAGAUGCCUUAAAUAAAAGACUAUCUGCAUUUGAAGUAAGACAAUUUGAAAAAGAUGAAAAAUUAAAAAUAUUAGACGGUAAUGACGGUGCAAGAAAACAACUAUUACAAUGUUUGUUAGAUAAUGCAGGUAAACCUCUAAAUUGUUAUGACUUAAUUCAACAAUUUAAGAAUACUGUGGCUAGUAACUCAAAUUAA